GGACUUGCCAUCCAGCUCACCUACGGGCGGCUGUGUCUUCUCGAAUACGCGUGGCUGAUGAGCGGAAACAGGCGGUGACACAACGCACCAGGCACGCGACUGCCCGUCGAAGGGAAGCCCCACUUGCUACAACUGCGGCCAGAGCGGACACAUGUCGCGCGAGUGCACCGAGGCUCCUAAGGACAAGACGUGCUACAACUGCGGCGAAUCGGGCCAUAUGUCUCGUGAGUGCCCGACUGCGGCUGCGCCUCGUGCUGGUGGCGGUGACCGCGGCGGCUUCAGCAGUGGCGGUGCCAGUAGCGGCCAAGAAUGCUACAAGUGCGGCAAGGUAGGCCACAUCGCCCGCAACUGCACCCAGGGUGGUGGCAGCUACGGCUAUGGUGGAGGCCGUGGUGGCGGUUUUAGUGGCGGCUACGGUGGUGGUGCUGGCGGUGGCUACGGUGGCGGCGGCCAAACCUGCUAUUCUUGUGGUGGUUUCGGUCAUCUCAGCCGUGAGUGUUUCUGGGUCAUUGCUUCGGACUGUUCUCCAUACUGAUUCACGUAGGUGACUGCACACAGGGCCAGAAAUGCUACAACUGCGGCGAGGUUGGCCAUCUUUCCAGGGAGUGCCCGUCGGAAGCGUCCAGCGAACGCGUGUGCUAUCGAUGCAAGCAGCCC